AUGGCCGCCGCUACGGAGCAAACAUACCCGGUGCUACCCAGCACCUUACUCAUCAUCUCCCUGAAGAUGUACUUUACACCCACCCGGACACUAGACUAUCUCCGCGCCCUCCUCGACCCCCAAAACGACAUUGUACGGCCAGCGAACCGCUCCAAGCUCCUGUUGGCCCUGAUCCCCGACUUCCUGACCAUCUACCCCAGCAACGAAAUCAUCAAAAACUAUGAAGCCAGCCUAGCCCCUCAGGAGGCCAAGACCCUGCCACCCCCGUUCCUCCUGGGCGCCCAGGACUGCUUCUGGGAGCCGCUGGGCGCAUACACGGGGGAAGUGUCCCCACUCGCCCUCCGCUCCAUGGGCGUGUCCAUCGUCGAGCUGGGCCACGCCGAGCGCCGCUCCCUCUUUGGCGAAACAGACGACCAGACAGGUCGCAAGGCCGCCGCGGCCUCUGCCCACGGUAUGGUGCCGCUCGUGUGCAUUGGCGAGGUCACAGCGCCUGGCCCCGUUGCGUCCCAGGCCGUUGGGCUCGCCGUGCGCGAGUGCGAGGUCCAGGUCCGCGCUGUCCUCAAGGCCAUCCCCGCCCAUGCCCCUGUGAUCUUCGCCUAUGAGCCCGUGUGGGCGAUAGGACAGCCCAAGCCGGCCGGAGUCGAUCACAUUUCUGCCGUGGUUGACGGCAUCAAGGCGGCGAUUGGGGAGCGUCCUGGUGACGUCCGUAUUUUGUAUGGGGGAAGCGCCGGGCCGGGCCUGUGGGGCGCGGGCGGUCUGGGGAAAGCCGUUGACGGCAUGUUCCUGGGCAGAUUUGCCCAUGAGAUCGAGGGUGUGCGCAAGGUGGUCAGGGAAGUCGAGGAGACGUUGAACGUUGCUUGA